ACGUGCAAAUCCUUCCUUUUCCACCCGAACAGUCCACCCACGGCGCACUACCCCUCGAAACAGCACAACUUCCUCCUCCUCACCAGUCAUCACCCAGAUCCCAACAGCCAGUCGGAUCCAUCCCAUCCCCGCUUCUCGACUCCCCUGUUCACGCCAUGGAGGGGCUCAUCAAGGGUUUGGCCAAAGCGGCGAUCGACGUCUUGGACGGCGGCGACGGCCGGCGGGAGCGGGACGAAGACCGCGACGAGGCGCCGAGGAGGCACCGCCCCGCGCGGGACGCCGAGGAAGGGGAGGAGGAUGAGGAGGGCCGCGAGCAGCGGGACCGCUCGACGUGGGCCGAGGUGGUCUCCGAGAAGAAGGGCGGCGAGCCGGAGGAGGAGCGCCGGGGUUCUCGGCCCUCCAGGCGGGAGGAGAGGAGGGAGGAUGAGGGCUGGGAGAGGACGGGGGGCCGGAAGCAGCAGCAGCAGCAGCAGCAUCCAUCUGCGCAUGGCGGAUCUCACAGCCAGUACCAAGGCGAGGACAGGAGUGAUGGUGGUAGCCGGCUACCGCAGCAGCAGGCGCCAGCACACAGGAGGCAGCAACAGGAGGAGGGAGAAGAAACAAAUGAUGAAGGUUGGGAAACUGUAGGGGAGAAAAAGCAGCAUGGAAGACCACAACAGUGUGAAGCAUGGAACGCAUACAAAAGGCCACCAUCUGAACAAGAGUACUCUGAAGAUUUUGGUCAGAUCCACCAUGGCCUAAAUGUAGAGCCUACCAGGGAGGAGCUCAAUAGCUUGACGGAAGCAUGUAGCCGGUUGUGGGAGCUUGAUAUGAACCGUCUUGUUCCUGGUAAGGACUACAGAAUUGAAUGUGGAGAGGGAAAGAAGGUUUAUCAGAAGGAUGAUAUGGCAUCUGAAAACCUAUUCAGCUGGCUAGGCGAUGAUGUGCUCACCAAGCCCACCUACUCUCGCUUCUGUGCGCUUCUUGACAAUUACAACCCACACCAAGGGUACAAAGAAGUUGUUACUCAGCAGGACAAGCACGAAGAAGCAGCAUUUAUUGAAGAGAUUGCCCGGACAGCGCCGAUUAAGUACUUGCACCGGUAUUUAGUGCUGAAGGGAGUCGCAUCCCAAGACUAUGAUGACUUCAAGGCAAUGCUGACAUCCCUUUGGUUUAAUUUGUAUGGAAGAUGUGGCAACUCUAGCUGCUCUUCUGCAUUUGAGCAUGUGUUUGUUGGUGAGAUAAAGGAACAGAGACAAGGAGAGACCGAGGUCUCAGGAUUCCAUAACUGGAUUCAGUUUUAUCUGGAAGAAGCCAAGGGAAAUGUGGACUACCAAGGCUACAUAUUCCCAAGACGGCGUGGGGAAUCGCCUGAUUCGGAGACACAGUUACUGACCGUUCAGUUUGAGUGGCAUGGUGUGCUGAAAUCAGUAUCAAGCUCUUUGAUUGGUGUUAGCCCUGAGUUCGAGCUGGCACUCUACACACUGUGCUUCUUUAUGGGCGGGGAGGAUAACCGCGUCGAUAUCGGCCCAUACACAGUGAACGUCAAGUGCUACCGUAUGGGUAACAACAAGAUUGGAUCAGUCUUUCCCAUUGCUGAGAACUGAAUUGGGUGAUGACUCAUGACCUGCUUCUGCAGGUUUGUAAUUCUUCGGAUUUUAAUUUCUCUUCACUUUUGUGAAAUUUACACUGUUGUUUAAGAAAAAGAACCACUGUUCGCUCUGUUGUUACAAUGCCACACUUAAUACCAUAUUACAAGUAUACACCACUGAA